AUGUCUACCUUAACUGAAGAGAAUCACUAUCUAAAAAAUUUACAAAACUCCUCAAAUAAUCAAUCAUUUCACUUUUCUGAAGGAAACUUAUCUAAUUCAAAUGAUCUAAUCAGUUCGCUUAGCCAAAUUCAGUGGAAAUAUUUAACAUCAUUAAAUCUAUCAUCAAAUAAACUACGUGAUAUUACACUAUUAAAUUAUGCUGAUAAAUUAGAAUGUUUGGAUCUAUCCAAUAAUUUCUUAAAUAAUAUAUCUUCAAUAAUUAGUUGUAAAAGUUUAAUUUCUUUGGAUAUUUCAAAGAAUAAUAUACAUGAACUACCAGAACUUAAUCGGUUGCCGUUUUUAGAAAAAUUAAAUGCAUCUCAUAAUCCAUUAGGAAAUAUAUCUGGUUUAUGGGGAUGUAUGAAUUUACGUUAUUUAGAUAUGACCUCUUGUCAUUUAAAUUCAUAUUUAUUAAUUGGAUUAAAUAAAAAUGAAAUUCAAUUUGGUGCUAUUAACCCUUUAGAGGAUAAUCAUUAUAAUAAUAAUUUAUCCAUAUAUACAAAAGUAUCAAAUCGUUUUAUUAAAAAUUAUCCAACCUUAUUAGGUAUUCCACAAUUAUGUUUCCUUAAUUUAAGUUCUAAUCCUAAAUUAUCUAAUAUAUUUAAUAUUAAAUUAAAUUCAAAUGAAUGGUCAUGGAUACAAAAUAAUUUAUAUAAUAAUGAAAAUUUAGUUGCCAAGCAAUAUUCUAAUGAAAAUUUACUAGAUAAUGACAAUAAAAUAAAUUCUAGUUGCUAUGGUAUUUUACCAUAUAAAAUUAAAUAUUUAAAUUUACAAGGAUGUAAUAUUAAUUAUAUAAAUGGUUUAACAUUUAUGAAACGAUUAAAUAUAUUGAAUUUAAGUCAGAAUCAAAUUAUAGAUCAUCAAGCUUUAAUGCCACUUAAAUCAUUAUCAUGUUUACAUAAUUUAAAUUUAAAAAAUAAUCCAAUUUGUGAUCAGAAUAAUUAUUUUCAAAGAAUAAUUUUUCAUUUGAAAAACUUGAAAAUUUUGGAUGAUCGUCGAGUGUCAAUAAUGGAUAGAGUACGCGCAAAUCUUUACUAUGAACCUACAUUAGAACAAGUAGCCAGAGAAGAUCAUCGAAUUAAUUUAUUGCAUCAAUUUACAAAACCUCAACGUUUAAGAGAUUGUACUUUACCACAUAUAGAUACACCAUAUCCAAUUCUUGCUAUUAUUGGACCAGUUGGUAUUAAUAAACGUCAAUUAAGAAAAUUAUUAUGUCAACAAUUAGAUAAUUAUUUUAUACCAAUUAUAUGUCAUACAGAUAGAUUACCUAAAUGUAAUAAAUUAAGAAAACAAUUCAAUUCUAUUUAUUCAAUAGAUUCAUCUAAUAAUAAUAAUAACAUGGCAACUAUCACUCAAUUAAACAACAACCCUAAUAAUAAUAAUAAUGAAAUUGAUGGUGUUGAUUAUUAUUUUAUAAAUAAAGAAAAUUUUAAUAAAAAACGAAUAGAUGGUGAAUUUAUUCAAACUACUCAAAUUAUGGGAUAUCAAUAUGGAUUAUCAUGGGAAAUACUAGAAAGUAUUGCACGUCGUGGAUUAGCCGGUAUAGUUGUUGGUGAAUUAGAACUUUUGUAUGGAUUACGUUUAGCUGGAUUAAAACCUCGAUCAAUCUUGUGUUUACCAAAUAAUUUACAUCAUUAUGAAAGAGUAAUACGUGUGAGUAUAUCACAAAUUCAUUGUACUCAAUCUGGAUUGUCAUGUGAUGAUAAUAUAUUAGAAACAUCAUUAGAAAAUACAGAGAAAUGGAUAAAUUGGUAUAUUCAAAGAACUGAUCAAUUAUAUCCACAAAUACAUCGUGAUAAUCCUGGGUUAUUUGAUGCUGUAUUGUCUAGCGAUGAUACACAAGAAUUAUUUCAACAAUUACUUUUAUUAAUUUUAGACUAUUUAGGUAUAAAUAGCUCCGGUGAUUUGUCUAAUGUGCAGAUGAACGACAAUGGUAUUACUGAAAUACAAAGUGCCCCAUAA